AUGUUCUCACAAGUUUUCAACAAGGCAAAGGGCAUUUUCUCCAAAAGGGAUCUCCCAGCCAGCGCCAGCGAAGACAGCUCUAUUACCGUCCAAGCUUCUCAAUCGGAUUCGGCAGAUAGCACAGACAAAUCGACAUCUACAAUCACGGAAAUGGUGACUACAAGGCGGAGUCACGUAGGAUCGCCACGUACUACGGGUGCCUCCGAUUCUGCAGUUAAUGGGAAGAGAAGAAUUCAAGAGAGAAACACAAAUGGCCACUCCACUAAACGGAGGAGGAUCUCGUCCGAACAUGAGAAUGGCUUAAUUGAAGAGCUAUCAUCACCGCGACAAGUACCGGAAGAUAAAGUGACAGUGGAGAUUACAGGAGUUAAAAAAAGGAGGGUUAGCAAUGGACCGGAAGACUCUCAGACAAUGACUACAAGUACACCCUCGAACAAACUGAGCAAUCACAUUCGAUUUGGGAGUGAGGAACCAGCAAUACCUAUUACGACUGUUAAGGAACUCGAAGAUCGCGAGCCGGCAGCGCCUAAAGAAGACUCGGAGAGCGAUGAGGACGAUGAUGAAGCACCUGAAGUCGUGGACAACUCAGUGCAACUGUUAUCGCUGAAGGUCCAAGCGCAGAAACAGAAAGAAGCCAAAAAACGUGAUGAAAUCUUGCAAAAAGAGAAGCGGAAACUGCAAGAUGAAAAGCAUAAAUCUCAGGCAAAGGCAUCGGCCAAACCUAAAGCAGAGAAAGUUCAGGAAAAGUCCCAAUUACAGUCAAUAGACAUGAAGCUGAUACCUGAUGACGAUAUCGUAUCGGAGAGCACAGCAACUCUCCAAGGAUCCGUGGCGAGGGAGUCAGGCCGCCGAGCGCUACCAGCCCUGCUUCCAGAUGAGAUUUUGAAUGCAGAGCCAGUCUACAGGCUGCCGUCGCCUCCUCCUGAGCAGCAGCAGAAGAGCACGAGACAACACAAAUUCUUCAAGGACGUCGACAGGCCCGCAAAAGACCUGCAUCGUGGGGAUGUAACUAUAAGAGUGCUGGAAGACAAGAAGAUUAUGCUUCCACCCAAGAGCUCUAAGAGCGGAAGGAAUGUCAAGGCCAGCUGGGUGGCUGGACAGCGUUCUCGGAAUGCGCCUGGAGGACUCAAGCGAGUUGGGGGUGGACCUAAAAGUUUUGUUCGACGAUAG